GGGAGGGGAAGGUCCAGUGAGGUCAUCAAGGUUUGAAACGAGUGCAGGACCCGCAGUCUAUCUCAAGCUCCCACGUCGGCGAGUUAACCCCUUCGCGCUCUCUCCAUCCCUCCCUUUCAUUCUUAUUCACUCACUCUUCUGCGUUCCUUAUCCCCGCGUGUCUCUUUUUAUCUCCCAUUCUCUCUCUACCUUUGUGAACUCUCCUGAGUGCGAGAGAGAAAGAAAGAGAAUCCACCCGAACCCAACAGUGAUACAAAGGAAGACAGAAAAUGAGGUGUGACCAGGGCGAGUGUCCGCUAACCGAGGUGGAGGGAGGCAGCAGCGUAGAGAAAGGUCUCUAGAACGUUUUGCAAAAUCACACGUGUUUUGCAAUGGUGGCGCCCCACAUUAGAGCGGUCUCGGGCCUUGCCAUUUCCCACACGCAUGUUAUCUGCCUUAUCCAUUCAUUAUGUGUGACUUAAAGACAUUUAACAUAGUUCUGCUGAUAAAGUGAUCUAACAAACUAUUAACAGGAUAUGCAUGUUGGUGUUUAACAUAUUAGAAAAAAAGAUAUAAUACAACCAAACAACAGGUACAGUAGUUCAAUCUCAAGAACAAUGUUGCGGGUGCUGUAUUACCUGCCGUCGCCGCUUUUCAACGUCGUCGAAAAAUGCAGGAAAGAAAUCCCAAGAAUUCUUGCCUCGGAAAGGUACAAAAUAUUAAUACUAUCAACAUUGCUCUUUCUCACUAUCCUGUUGCUGUCAAUUCCUGUGGUUCCAGAGAGGAUCCUGGGCAUCCGCUCUCCCGAGAUAACCUUGGAGAGCUACUACCACGACCUGAACACCAGCCUCUCCACCGCCAUCCCCCCCGACGCGAACCAGGGAAACGACUCUCACAAGAUCCAAAAGAGACACAUCCCUCACAAGUUCUGGGCGCGAGUACGACCUCACAAUCGAUUCCGGAAGAAGAAGCGCCGUAGCCUCGUGGGGAAUCCGGAGAAGGACGCGGCGGAGGGCCACCAAGAGGCGAAGAAGCACUAGUCGCCGAACGUCGCGAAGGGGACGUCGGUUUAGAGAGGCGAAGGAGAGGGAAGGCAACGGACGUAGAGAUUUUUUUUUCUCUCUCUCGUCUUGUUAAUGUGAUUUUUAUGAGGUGCGUCAUCGCUUAUGUUGUCCUUUUAAGAGGUUUAAGAGGGAAUAAUUUUACUAUGAUCCAUCACGUGCAUUUGGGACCUGUUGAGUUCCGUUCAUUUAUAUCGUGAUUUGUUGAGAUUCUAAGGAAGAGGAACAGGUUUGAGUUGUAAAUCCAUGUAGCUUUUUAUUUAUUUAUUUAUUUAUUUAUUUAUCUAUCUAUCUAUCUAUUUAUUAUCACUUCUUUCGAACUAUUCACUAUGUGAUCCUUUGAGUUCAGACUGGUUUUUGAAAACCAUUACCACUACAUAAUUACCAACGCAUAUAUUUAUGGGGAAAUAAGUACCGCAACCACCGACUAUGCAUUUUAGGUCACUUAAGGGUGGCAGUGAAUUCGACAAAAUUGCCAUAAAAACAUUUACAGUAUGCCUCUCCAUUAUGCCACUUUGUAGUAUGCAACCAAGUGAUGCAAAUUAUAAUUUUAGAUCGUAAACUGGCCUUCUUAGAUGAGAGUAUGCUAUGGGAAAGUAUCAUUAUCAAAACAGUUCAAUGCUUCUUCAGGGCAUAUACACAAAGAAUACAGAUUGUUUAUAUUUGGAAUAGUCGGGCCUUGUUCAUUAAUUUGUGACUGGGAAAGAGAUAAUGCGAGGGAAACAUGACUGUGCAUGAGACAUGCGUAACUUCUUCAUUUACUUAUCAAUCUUUCCUAUCUUUUUAAUUUAUUUAUUUGAUUAUUCAUUAGCAUCAUUAUUAUUAUUAUUAUUAUUAUUGUCAUCUUUUUGGUUAAUUUGUCCUGAUGUGAUAGGCCUACAAUACGAGAUCAGAAGCAUGCUUGAAAAUGUAGGUGUGAAAUUAACAAAUAAUAUUAUGGAAGAAUGUGAAUGCUGUGAUAAUUGUCGACCAUCAUCAGACCUUUAUGCUUUUUAACAAUUAUAUUCUCAUGGAAAGUACCGACAAAGUAGACGUUUCUGAAUUCUGCGAAAUUUUGAUGUUUUGCGGGGCAUUCAAAUGUUAGGAGAGAAAGCAAAACCCGAAGUGUUUUUUUUGUGUUUACGUUUAUAUAUAUACAUAUAUACAUAUAUAUACAUACAUAUGAUAUAUAUAUACAUAUACAUAUAUAUAUAUAUAUAUAUAUAUAUAUAUAUAUAUCGCUGUGCGGUGUAGUGUAAUAUAAUAGUGAAUUGAGUUUUUUUUUUUUUUUCAAUACCGUUUGUCUUUUUGUUUCGGUUAAAUGUCAUUCCUGUUAUUUAUCAUUGAUUUUAUUUAUUUUUUAUUUCUUUUAUAUUAUCUUUAUCAUACUCUGUUACUAUUGAUAUUGCUAAUAUUACUAUUAUUUUUUUAAAAAUGUAAUUUCAUAGCAAGCAAAACAUUUUAAACGAUCCUUUAAAAUGCGAACUAUCAAUACACAAUUUUUUCUCCCGUCCGCGACCGUUUUAAAAUGUUCGAACCAUUGGAAAGUCAAGAGAUUUGUGUGAAAUUAUAUAUUUAUGUAUCAUUUCCUAUUUUCUUUUUAUUUACUUUUUAAGGAAACGACUCAAAAUUUACUAGGGAGCUCAUGGUCAUUGUAUAUUCAUUAUAAAGUGCAAUAGGUUAUCAUAAUUAUUAUCGCGACCAUGGAGGAAGUGAUGAAAUGAAUUUGAUGACGCACAUGCGCGCACACGCACGCACACACACACACACACACACACACACACACACACACACACAUACACACACCCACACACACACACGCACACA